GCAAACCGGUUCCUUCGCUAAAUGAUCUCACACCGACUGUUCUGUUGAUUUCAGCACCGAAAACUCGCGACACCGGAACUUACACCGACUAACGGAGACCACGUUCCAUUACCGGAGAGACACUGACAUCUCUACGGUGAUCUCUGCAACACUCAGCAACUUGCACCAAACUAUCUGGAUCAAUAAACAGCUCUACAGGACGUGAGCGAUGCUGCAGCGGGUGGCGGUGGUCGGUGCUGGGGCGGCGGGACUCUGUGCAGCCAGACACAUCCUGUCCCGCCUGAACAGCUUCGCCCCCCCGGUGGUGUUUGAGCUCUCUGACAGCGUGGGCGGCACCUGGUGUUACACUGACCGCGUUGGGACGUACAACAACGGCCGGCCGGUUCUCAGCAGUAUGUACAGAGACCUGAGAACCAACCUGCCCAAAGAGGUGAUGAUGUUCCCUGACUUCCCCUUUGACCCCCAGCUGAACAGCUUUCUGUCUCAUCAGGAGGUUCGGACGUACCUGGAGAGAUACUGUCAGAGCCACAACAUCCGGCCGCACAUCAGGUUCAACACUGUGGUGGAGAGUGUGAAGCCUGUUGUCGAGAAGACGGAGGGCGAGGAGGCGAGGACAACAUGGGAAGUGACAUCAUCAGAUUCAUCAGGUGGUCACAAAACAGAAACCUUUGACUCGGUCUUCGUCUGCUCGGGGCACUACUCCGACCCUCACAUCCCUCACAUACCAGGGGUCCAGAACUUUAAAGGGAAGGUGCUCCACAGCCAUGCAUACAGGAGUGCAGAGCCGUUCGCGGGUCAGUCGGUGGUCGUUCUCGGAGCCAGAGCUUCAGGUUUGGAUAUUUCCAUUGAACUGGCCAAAGUUGGUGCUCAGGUGACUCUGAGUCAUGGCCGUCCUCAUCUCACCUGUCCUCUACCUGCUGAGAUUCAACAGUCCAGUUCAGUGGUGGCGGUCGAAGAGGACGGCAGCCUCCGUUUCCAGGACGGCUCUGUGGGCACUGCUGAUGUCCUGAUGUUCUGCACCGGCUACAACUUCAGCUAUCCAUUCUUGGAUGCCUCUCAGCUGGGUCUAGACAUCCAGGACCACGUGAUGUCUCCCCUGUACCGCUACUUGCUGCCCCCAGCCUUCCCCUCGCUCUUCUUCAUCGGCAUCUGCAAGGUCAUCUGCCCCUUCCCCAACUUCAACUGCCAGGUCCAGUUCGCUCUAUCCGUGCUGGACGGCUCCGUCACUUUACCGUCUGCAGCCCAGAUGGAGGAGGAGGUCCGACAAGAGCAGCGGGAAAAAGAGGAGCACGGAGUCCUGCAGCGCCACCUGGUGAUCAUGGACCAGGAUCAGUGGGAGUACUGCAACAUGUUGGCUCGCACCGCCGGCUUCCCGCUGCUGCCGCCCGUCGUACGCAGGCUGUAUGAGGAGGUGGGGCGACAGCGACAAGUUCACCCUGAAAACUACCGGAGGAUCAACUACAGGCUGAUCAAUGAUGUCGAAUGGGAGGUGAUCGAUUGAUUAAUGGAGGAGGUGGAGCAGGUGGACAAAAUCACUAUGACUCAACAAAGGGUUAUAAACAAUCAGGAAACAAAGUCCAGCAAACAUGCUGAGACUGUCAGAGGUGUUGAUUCACCUCAACGCUCGUUUUGUCGCUGAACGUUAAACAAAUCUGUCUUUUAUUCGUUCUGCUUAACACCAGCACUCCAGAUUGAAUCAUGCACCAUCUUGAAUUGUGAACGAAUAUCACAUGAAGUUGUGUUUUUGCAGAAAGAUUCAGAGUGUGUCUCAAAUCGCAUACUUCUGUUAGUACACUUCAAUAUAGUACAAUGCGUACACUAUGUACUUCUUGCGUGGUGCACUAAUUUCAACAGUGAGGUGGUGGUAGUGUUGUCUCAAACUGUGUACUGUCAUUUUGCACUUACAGGAAGUGACAAUAGCUUUUUUUUUUUUUUACCGCCUCUUCUUUGUCUUUCCUUUAAAUCGCCAACAUUCGCCCGCUAUCUCCUGUCACACAAAAAUCAAACUUACGCUACAACAUCAGUGCUGAUAAAAAUGAGCUAGGAGCAAGUUAGCUAGCUAGAGAAUGCUAACGUUAGCUACCAAACUAACGUUAGCACUCACGCUAUUGUUCACAGUACCAAAUCAUCACAGACUUAGGCGAUUUGAGACACAACGUCAGGCUCCCGAGAGGAUGAAUCCUACAAACUUUGGUGAUCCUCUGACUUUUCAUCUAGCGCCAUCAUCAGGUCAACAUGUUGAUGUGUUCAGUACCUGCAGAACUAAUGAUAUUAACAUCAGCCUUAACUGUAUUUACUGAUAAUCAGCUAAUGUUAGCAUGCUAACAUAUCAAACUAAAAUGGUAAAUAUUACACAUGCUAAAUAUUAGCAUUUUAGUGUUGUCAUCACGGGCGUAUUAGCAUGCUAAUAUUUCCAUUUACAGCAAAAGUGCCCCAUUACUAAUCUCCCAGCUCUGUGGACAGCUGCACUCUGUGUUUACUGCUGGUCAACGUGCUAACUGUCAGUAAGGGUUAAUAUUGCUUUUAAAAGUCUGACAGACAGAAGGAUAGCUGUGGUAACAUGUGGAAACAUAGCACCUACUGCCCACACUCCGGUCUCCACUGGUUUGCUAAUGUUAGCCUUGGCUGCUCUGCACUGCGUACCAGCCAGGUCGGGUGGGAACUAGCUAGAGGUGGCAAUCCUUUGCGAAUACUUUUGGUAACACUGUCUCGAUGAAGGGAGGAUGUUGCUGUGGAAAACCGCACCCACCCUCCCGUCUCCCCCCAGGUUGCCCCGGUGAGUAAGUUUGACCCAUAAACCCCCUUUAGCAUUGUUAACUAUGUUAGCACUAUUAGUCUUGCUGACACUGCUAACUAGGGGUGGGAAUCACCAGAGGACAUGCUGUUAUAUUAUUGCAAUAUGCUGAGUAUUGCGAUGCAAUAUAUUGUGAUAUAUCCAAAAUAAGUCCAGAUGUUUGAUUUUAACGCUAACGGCACAUUUCUGAUUUCAUUCUCCAGUGCCUCCAUCUUUGUUUUGAUGAACUUCCUGCCAAAUACUGCUGACUGAGACCUCUGCUAACCUCAUCAGGAAAAAAACAUCAGCACCAUCUAGUGGACCGAAAGAGCAACUGAAUUUAUUAUUCUGGUACCAAAAGUUUUAUUAAAAUGUGUCUUUGCAAAAAUUUAUUUAGAUAACUGGUAGUGACAUUAGCUAGUCACUUAGUGUCGGACCAACAUUUCAAGAGCUUAUCUAACGUUAGGGCGCCAUAGCUCUUUUUUACAUUCGGUACUUGAAAGAGCUGCAAAAACUAUUAAUGUGACUGACGUACACCUUCUGGUGAAAGCGAGCAGUAUAGGUCCAUAGAGCUGACCAUCCUCUUCAUAAACUUGACAGUGAUUUUCUUCAUUUCAGUAGCUUGCUAGGCUAGCUGACUGGCUAACCUCGCUGUCACAAUGAUCAAAAACGACGUUUACAAAAACAAUCAGCAAAUGCUGUUAACAAUAUGUACAAAGCUAACUGCAAAGUAAAGUUACUAAGUUAACUUUGCACAGUUAGCUUUAUACAUAUUGUUAAUAGUAUUUAAUGUUUGUUUUGUAUAUACGUUAGUGGUUUUGAUCAGUUCAAGGUGACUAGCUAGCAUUAGUCACUCAGUGUAGCACCAACCUUAGCCUUAUUUUAAGAGCUAACGUUCGGUCGCUAUGGUAGGGUGACCAUAUUUUGAUUUCCAAAAAAUGAGGACACUCGGCCCGGCCACGACAUAGCCUACUUAAAUGAUACUCGCAGUUUACUCAAAGAUGCCUUAUAAUUUUAAUAUAUUUAAAGUU